AUGGCGUACACAGCUGUUGGUCCGGUCAUGGGUGCUACCACAGCAUCUGCUGCCCACCACAUCCAUCACUUCGAUUGUAACGCUCCAGUCGCGGACGUUCCUGGCCUCCCCACCAACUUUCCCGAGACACUGGACCUCGAAUCAGCCUGGACCGGCCCGCAAUUCACCAAAGAGUCGCAGUACACGUACAACCUCACCAGCGCCGACCUCGAUGAGCUCAUGGUUGCUCUGAAGCACUUCAAAGCCUUGGGCCUCGACGGCGACCUCGUCAGUCCAGACAAUUUUCCACUCCCGACCCUGGGAUCCGUCCUUGCUCGCGUCGCCGACGACAUUCAUCAUGGCAGGGGUUUUGGCGUAGUUCGCGGCAUUGACCCGCAAAACCACUCCGUCGAGGAUCUUACGGUACUCUAUCUUGGCAUCCAGGGGUACAUCGCCAACCAGCGUGGCCGCCAGGACAAGAAGGGAAACAUGCUUGUCCACAUUGUUGCAGACAACACCACUCAGGCCAAGGCGGAUCACCACCGCCAUUCCACUUCUUCCAUUACGUUUCACAACGAGGAGUCUGGGGAUAUCAUCAGUUGGUUGACCAGAGCCACCGCCGCUGCCGGUGGCAAGUGCAUCAUUGCCUCCGCCCACACCGUCUACAACGUCCUCGCCGCUACACGACCAGAUAUCAUUCGCACAUUAUCCCGCUCGGACUGGCCCUUUGCUCUCCCCAAGUUCCAAUGUCGCCCCGUCCUCUUCCAUCAUGAAGGCAAGAUCAUCAUCAACUUCGGCCGCACUCCCCUGAUGGGCAACGCUGCGCAUCCUCGACCAACACACUUCCCCACCCUGACUGCUCGUCAGAUCGAAGCGCUCGACGCCGUGGAGACCAUCGCCAAGGCGACGCAGAUGGAGAUCCAGACCCGACCUGGUGACAUCCACUUCAUCAACAACCUCGCCAUCCUUCACCGUCGCGAGGCCUUUGUCAACGGCCAGGGCCCAAGCGAGAAGCGCCAUCUCGUUCGCAUGCGCGUACGCAACGACAAGCUGGGAUGGUCCAUCCCCGAUGAGCUCCAGCGAGAGUGGCACGAUGCUUUCGAGAAGCCGGCCGACCGUGUCUGGCAUCUGGAACCUAUGCCUGACGCCUUUUUUCCUCUUCGCAAGUACCCCAACUAA